CCUUUAAUAAAUCCUUUACAUACACUUAUAAUAUAUUAUAUGUAUACUGCAUAUAUUAAAUUAUUUAUAAUUCAUAAUAAAAAUGGGCGCCUUAUGUAGUAAAAACCGUAAGAAGAAAAGUAAAAAUAAUAAAAAAUCAAAUAAUCCUUACCCUUCAUUAUCCACGUUACCUCAUGGUUUAUGUUCUGAUUGUAAUUUACCAAAUACUGAUAAGAUUCAAAAUAAAUAUGGAUGGUGUCAUUCUUGUAAUUCUUCUAAAUUUGAACAAAAUUUUUCUUCUUGGACGAGCAAUAAUCCUGUAAUUGAUGAUUUUAUUAAAGAUUCUCAAAUAAAUGCUAUGAAUAAUCGUCAAGUAUUAGAAUGGAUCCCUUAUGAUUCCUUAAAUAAUAUACAAUUUAUAGCUGAAGGUGGUUAUGAUUGUAAGGUUUAUUCCGCUACUUGGAAUGAAGGAAAUAUUCUUUAUUGGGAUUCAAAGAAAAAAGAUUGGGUUCGUAAUUCUUCAAUUAUGGUAGCGUUAAAACGAUUUGAAAAUUCUAGAAAUGUAACUUUGGAAUUUUUUGAAGAGCUUAAAUCAUAUUAUCAAUGUGGUCUGGAUAAUGAUGGAUUGAUCAAAUAUUUUGGAAUCUCUCAAGAUCCAAUAACAAAAGAUUAUAUUAUAAUAACUGAAAUUGCUACUCAUGGAAAUUUAAGAAAUUAUUUAUUACAAAAUUAUAAUUCAUUAAAUUGGGAAAAAAAAAUAAAUAUUUUAUUAAAAAUUUCGGUAACUUUACAAGAUAUUCAUUCUACUGGAUUUAUUCAUCGUAAUCUUCAUGGUGGUAACAUAUUACAAGAUGAUCAUGAUUCCCCUAAAAUAAGUGAUUUAUUCUUAUCUAAUUAUA